GUGUGUGUGUGUGUGUGCGUGUGUGUGUGUGUGGGUGUGUGUGUGUGUGUGUGUGUGUGUGUGUGUGUGUGUGUGUGUGCGUGUGUACGUCUGUGUGUGUGUGCGUGUGUACGUCUGUGUGUGUGUGCGUGUGUGUGUGUGUGUGUUUGUGUGCGUGUGUGUGUGUGUGUGUUUGUGUGUGUGUGUGUGUGUGUGUUUGUGUGUGUGUGUGUGUGUGUGUGUGUUUGUGUGUUUGUGUGUGUGUGUGUGAGACGCCACCAGGAGAUUGGCUCCCACCACUGAGCUUUUCCGAGGUCACACAACAAACACUUUCUAGUGAACACGUUCAAAGUGAACGUGAACAAAGAGGAAAAUCAGGUUCAGGCCCAGGUUGUGCUUCAACAGCAGGUGGAUCCGUCCGUGGGAACAGGAAGUGACCUCAUCACACAGGCCGUCACACAGAUGCAUAAAGCGGCUUCGGGCUCCUCCUCAGACGAAGGUGCUCCACUGUUGGUCUCAGGCGCGUUGUAACAGAAGGCUGCUGCACAGGAAAGCAGCCGGACCGGACCCUCUGUUCUGCUCAGAAUUCAGCUCACACCCUGCAGCUCCUCAAGCCUGAGGCCAAGGACUCGGGCCACACGCAUCACUGCACACGAACAACAGGCGGCUCACCAGAUGAGGUUAUCAGGAAGCAGAGGAGACGGAAACAGGACUGGGCUGCAGGUUCCUGCUGAGCAGAGGAGCCCGUGUUCAUGUUCACGUAAAUGCUCACGCGCUGUCGUCCUCAGCUCCAGACUGGACGCGCCGCUGCUGCUGCUGUUCGGGCUCUGGCUCCUGGUCCCGCCGUCGUCCUCCGCCUCCGAUGAGUCAGACGACUCCAAGCUGCUCCACGUGACCAUUCCCGUCAGCAGCCCCGUGUCUGCGGUGCUGGGCGGCUCCCUGACGCUGCCCUGCCUCGUGUCCCUGUCUCACCCGCCUCCCUCCCCUCCCACCAGCGGCCGCUACGCCGUCCUGUCUCUGCCCCGGGUCAAAUGGAGCGUGCUGAGCCAGGGCCGCGAGGCCGAGGUGCUGGUUGCUCGGGGCGACAGGGUGAGGGUGAGCGAGGCCUUCAGGGACCGCGCCUCGCUGCUGCACUACGCCUCCUCCCCCGCAGACCUCACCCUGCGGCUGGAGAACCUGCGGCACAACGACUCCGGCUUCUACCGCUGCGAGGUGCAGCAGGGCCUGGAGGACGCCGACGACGUGGCGCAGGUCAAGGUCAAAGGGGUGGUGUUCCACUACCGCCACGCCUCCAGCCGCUACGCCUUCACCCUGGAGCAGGCGCGCGAGGCCUGCGGGCUCAUCGGCGGCGCCAUGGCGUCCCCGGAGCAGCUGCUGGCGGCCUUCCACAGCGGCUACGAGCAGUGCGACGCAGGCUGGCUGUCGGACGGCUCCGUGAGGUACCCCAUUCAGAUGCCGAGGGAAGGCUGCUUCGGAGACAUGGAUGGACUUCCAGGAGUCAGGAACUACGGGCGGCUGGAGCCCCAUGAGCUGUACGACGUCUACUGCUACGUGGAGGACACUGAGGGCGCGGUGUUCCACGGCUCCAGCCAGCAGCGCCUGACCUUCUGGGAGGCCGAGGCCCACUGCCGGCGCCACGGGGCGGCGCUGGCCUCCACCGCUCAGCUCUACGCGGCCUGGAGCCAGGGCCUGGACCACUGCAGCCCGGGGUGGCUGGCCGACGGCAGCGUGCGCUACCCCAUCGUCACCCCCAGGGAGCGCUGCGGGGGCGGCGAGCCCGGCGUCCGGACCGUGUACCGCUUCUCCAACCAGACGGGCUUCCCCGAGGCCGACACGCCACACGACGUCUACUGCUUCCGAAGCGAGAACGGGCCCUACACGGACCCCCCCCACGACCUUCUGACCACUGAGCCAGAGGACAUUGGCCAGGACAUAGUUUUCUCAACAAAUCCCUCUCAGGAGGAGUUCAGCGUUAGCCAACAGACCUCCAGCCUGGAGAAGGUCCAGUCUCCAACCACAUGUUACGAGCCGGCGCCCACAGGGGUUCUGGAAGCCAUCGCUCCUCCUCCCGACCAAGACAGCUGGGAACCAGUAGCGAAGGCCCAUUACCCAGAGUCCCAUGCACCCGAGGAAACCCCCGCCUCAGCUCACGCUCAGCCAACAGCCGGCGAUGCAUUCACUUCACCCACAGCGGGUGGGAAAGCACAGCGUUCAGAGAGUCACUUCUCCAAGAAUGAGAGCUUGGAUCUGCUGGAAGUCAACGUAACCUCAGCAGCAGCAGAGGAGCUUCUCGACGGCUCUUUGGACGCGUAUGAGGAGGAGGAUCUGCCUGUUUCACAGGAGGACCACGCUCCAGACGACGCCUCCCAAACCGAGCCCAUCCACUCAAACAGCAGCGGCGCUGUUCUUCCGGAGCCGGACCACGUGACUUCUGCUUCCUCCCACACUGAGGGAACGGACCCGAGCCCCAGUGCACCUGACAACCCGCCCACACAGGAGGAGUCAGGAGACCAGGGUCCAAACCUGGAGGAGGAUCCACAAAACGCAGCCACUCAAAGUUUGCUUGGUGUCGAGGUCAUCGCCUCCUCAGAGCUGCUUCCGAGGGAAGAUUCAGGUUAUGAGUCCGAGCGCGGCGAUGAGGAAACAGGGAACCGCCCUGCUCUCAUGCCGACAGCAGGAGUCGGAGCCGAGGCUCCGGUGUUGAACCUGUUUCCUGUGACUCUGCCGACGUCCUGGGCUUCGGUGACGCCGACUCCCUCCUCUGUGGACUUUGAAAGCAGCUCUCUGGAGGUCAGCAGCCUGAUACCUGAGAGCAGUGCUCGGUCUGGGCCUGAACCUCUGGAGGAUGUUCUGGGCGAACUGGAGCAAGAAGGACCGGGAGAAAACCCAGAUGUGCUCGUCAACGAAACGCAAAACAGCACAGACAGUGACUGGGAGGAAAAGGAGAGAGGAGGUCAGACGUCAGCAUCAGGAGACUCAUCGGGACAGACUCUGACAGCUGAGCUCGAGGGGCUCGAUGGCGCCGCGUCCCCGGAGGUCAGAGUCACUCUGAUCCCUGGUCUGAGCCUGACGUCUGGCUGGGAGCAGCAGCGCUCCUCCUCCUCCUCCUCCUCCUCCUCCUCCUCGCCACAGGAGUCCCGCUCUGACGGAGAGCACAGCGCGGAGCCUCCUGUCACCAAGGAGCAGGACGCUCUGCUGGGAAACGAACCAGGGUCCGACGCCGGCUCAGAGAUCUGCACAGCGUUCCUGGAGGAGGCGACGCCGGGCCCGGCCCUCAGCCCAGACCCGCUCCCGUCUCCCACCCCGGCCCCGGAGGAGGCGCCGGAGGAGCACGCGGCGCCGGAGGAGGACGCGGCGCCGGAGGAGGAGGACGCGGCGCCGGAGGAGCACGCGGCGCCGGAGGAGGACGCGGCGGAGGAGGAGGAGGACGCGGCGCCGGAGGAGCACGCGGCCCCGGAGGAGCACGCGGCGCUGGCGGCCUCGCGGCCGGCUGCCGAGGUGUCUGCUGCCGGAGCAGGAGGCCGUUCAGACUCCUGUCUGGACGACCCCUGUCUGAACGGAGGCACCUGCGUGGACGGGGAGUGGAGGAGCUGCCUGUGCCUGCCGGGCUACGGAGGAGCCGCGUGUCAGACAGACCUGGAGGAGUGCGAACCCGGCUGGGACAGGUUCCAGGGCUUCUGCUACCAGCACUUCAGUAAGCGUCUGAGCUGGGAGGCGGCUGAGCAGCACUGUCGCAUGUGUGGCGGCCACCUGAUUUCUGUGAUGAGCCCAGAGGAGCAGGACUACGUCAACGACAAGUACAGAGAAUACCAGUGGACCGGCCUGAAUGACAGGACCAUCGAGGGAGACUUCCGCUGGUCGGACGGGAGCCCUCUGCUCUAUGACAACUGGUACAAAGGCCAGCCGGACAGCUACUUCCUGUCCGGGGAGGACUGCGUAGUGAUGGUGUGGCACGAGGCCGGGCGCUGGAGCGACGUCCCCUGCAACUACCACCUGUCCUACACCUGCAAGAAAGGCGCCUCCUCCUGCCGUGAGCCCCCUGCAGUUCCCCACGCCAAGGUCUUUGGCAGGAAGCGGGCGCGCUACCAGGUGAACGCCAAGGUGCGCUACUACUGUGAGGAGGGCUUUGUACAGAAACUCAAGCCCGUCAUCAGGUGCCUGCCCGGCGGCCAGUGGGAGGAGCCUCAGAUCAGCUGUACACCAGUCCGCUCCGUGGUUCUGGUGGUUCAGCAGCACGAAGACGCCGCUGAGGACGCGGCAGCAGCCACAGAGGAGGCGUCGCCGCUGUUCUGGGAAAUUAAGUGGAACGUAUGAAGCCAACGUCGCUCAAACUAACCAUUAACACAACGGACCAACGGCAACGAACGUGAACCCACGUCUGAGUAGAUGGACAGAAGGUGGAGCCGCCCGACAAGGACCUGGCACCACUGUCCCCGACGUGUGAAACUGCUGUGAUCGUGACAGUUGAUACCACGUGAACGCACGGAUCCGCUUUUGUACCUGAACCAAGCGUGGGUCCACUGCAACACGCUCCCUUCACACCUACACUUUAAUGACCUGUGACGCUUCAUUUGUGCUAGUUUUGUAUUUGUAGUCAUCAUGUUGUUUCUUUUUGAAUUCUCUGCUUUUAAUGUUUCCAAUAAUUUACAGGUUUGUGUCUUCUGUCGCUCAUAAUUUAAUUUUACUUCACAUGUUUCAUUUUUGACCGACUUUUACAGUAAAAACUUUCUACUGUCACUGCAAAGCAAACAUGUAGUUGAGCUAGAAGUCACUAAACACGUUCCACAUGGCAGCAUUUUCAUUACGCUCACACUUUCAGACUCUUCAGGUUUACGUCACCUCGUGGCUGUGUGAUUUAUUCAGUCAUGACCCCACAGUGGAGCUCAGGACGGAGGACCAGCAACGAAGGCUUAAACACAAGCAUCUAGAGGUGAACUAUUUACUCACAGACUCAACACAUGUCUCUGUAUAACUCAAUUAAAACAACAUCUCUGCUUAUUUGAAAAUGUUACUUAUUAAAAAACACGAUUUUUCAAA